AUGAAGACCGCAGAUUUGAAUGAAGAAGAGAAAAAGGACACAAUUCUCAGAUUUUCAGAUGAUGUUUUGUUGAAACACGCGUUAGCCAGCGAAUAGUGGGUGAAUUUGAGGGAAAAUGAAGCAUUUCGUGUUUUUUUUCAGCGCUGAAGUUUGUAGGCAUCCAGUUGAUGGGAUUUUCGUAACACCAAGUCAAAAAGAUGAUUUUUGUGAGUUUUUCAAUGGAAGCAAAUGAUUCACUAAUUCUCCGGAAAUUGAAAAUGUUAAGAUUGGAAUAUUUUUGAACUAGAAUGUUUUUGGCUCUAUCGCAAUAUAUGGGUCCCAUGGAAAUAUAUGGGUCCGUAAAAACAUUUAAGGGUCCCUCAGAAAUAUAAGGGUCCGUGAAUUUUUUUAUGGGUCCCAAAAAAAUAUAAGGGUCCGUUAUUUUUUUUGAGGGUCCAUAAAAAAAAGUAUUUUUUCUAAUUUCAAUUAUUUAUUUUUGGUGAUUUUUUGUAAUUUUUUCACAUUUUUUUUAGCCAGUCAGUAUUUUUCUAGGGGGUUUACUAAGCCUAAGCCUAAAAUAAUAGAGAAAUUUUGAAUCCUCUGGUAACUCUAUUUUUGGCUUUUCAGCUUCAUAAUUAGGCUUAGGCUUAGUAAACCCCCCGAAAAUACAAAGAAUCGUCAAAAAAUCAAGAAAUUUACAACAAAACACUUGAAAAUUUAAAAAACCACACAUUUUUUGCUCCAAAAAAUCAAAAAAAUCAGACCUAUGAAAAAAAUCACGGACCCUUUUAUUUUUUUGGGACCCAUAAAAAAAUUUACGGACCCUUAUAUUUCUGAGGGACCCUUAUAUGUUUUUUCGGACCCCUAUAUUUUUUACGGACCCAUAUAUUUCCAUGGGACCCAUAUAUUGCGAUAGAGCCAUGUUUUUUAAUCGUACGUAGUUUGAAAAUUCUAGUUAAAGAUAAUUUUUCAAAAUUUUUUUUAAUGUGCAAAAAUAAUUCAAGUUGUUUUUUUCUGUUUGAAAAUUCAACUUGGAAUUAAAAUUGAUAUAAAAUCUAACCGAUAUUCCCAUUUCUCACUAAUUUCCCCCUUAAUUUCCAGGCUGGUUCGGUGUGAUUUUCAUCCGCAAAGGAAUUUUCGGCGGUGGCGUCUUUCGUUUUACCAUCAAAAUUCCCACCGAUUUCCCAACAACAAAAUCGCUGCCUGAAGUAAUCUUCGAAAAUUCCAUAUUUCAUCCGCUCAUCGAAUGGAAAACAAAAGUUCUCGAUUUAACACGCUCUUUUCCGGAUGGAUGGAAAUGCGAAAAACAUAAUUUAUUGAGAGUUUUGAUCGUUGUUCAGGUUAGUUAUUCAGAAAGGUCAUUUUUUGACUUUUGUUGGGAGAAUAAAGGGAAAUGAAUGGAAAUAAAGGAAAAAAGUAUUUUCAGCGAAUUUUCUUCUCUUAUGAAUUUGAUUGUGAUCGUUGUAUAAACCCGGAAGCUGCGAUUUUAUACAAAGAGCAUAAGGAUAAAUUCAAGUGAGUUUUAUGGAGAAAAAAUCUAUUUAUAAUUAUAAAGAAAUGUUUUGUGAAGUUUUUUUCAAAACUUUCCGCGACGAGAAAGAUCAGCGCUUAGAAAGCCACAUUUGAUGUCUGAAAAUUUUCCUACAUUUUUCUCCCAACUAUUGAAUUUUUUCCAGAGAAAUGGCAAAGGAUGUUGUUGAAAUCAGCAGAUCUCAAGUCUACGAUGAUCCACAAAAUCCAGACGACUCGAAUUCCAUAAGGUAUGUUUUCUCUUCUUUUCCAAGAAAAUAUUUAUUUUGACCCCAAAACUCAAGCCUAAUAAAUUAUUCAAAAUAGCUCAAAAGCAUUUUUCAUUUUUUUACUUUUUAGUCUUUUACCUCAGAAUUUUUGUCAACUAAGUUUUGCAUUUUUUUUGCGCCAAGUGAAAAACAUUUAUCUUGUGCUCAUGACGGCUGAGCCGAUUUGCUCACAUUUUCUGUAUUAGUAAAGCUUAGACCAAUUAUGACCACUGCCUGUUUAUUAUUUUUCAAAAAAAAAACACGUUCUGCAAAAAAAAAAUAGCUCGACGAACAAAGGAAAAUAGUUUUUCUUCUUCUGAUUUUUCACUUCCGGAACACUUGGUGUUCUCUUUUUUAAAAUAUAUAAUUCGAUCAUUUUUGGUCGCACACAGAUUAGCGAUGAAAACACAAAAUAUCUGAAUAAAAUUCGGAUGUUGAUUAAUAAUUUUGGAUUUGCUCCGGAUAUUUGUUUGAAUCAUGAAAAUUUCUAGAUCUUCGAAUUUUUUGAGCUUUGGACCCAAUAAUUUCUAGUAAUUGGGUAGAAAGUUUUCAGCUCUUUCAAUUUUAUUAAAAUUUGAAAAUAAAUUAAAAUCUUUUCCGAAAUAAACUCCGCUAUUCCCCAUUCAUUCACUCAAUCGAGAGUGUCCAAUUCAUAAAAACAGCUGAAAAUUUCACUUCCCUUUUCUUGAAUUUCCUAAUCAUCACCCCCUCCUUCCUCAUUUCUGUUUAAAGUUCAUACCAAGUGAAGUUUCCAAAAAUAAAUCAUCGACCGGUUCUUGAGAAUAAAAUAAAUGAGAAUUUCCGAUUCCGAAUCCGAAUCACAUCAAACCAACCAGAAGAUGCUGCGUUUUUCCUGGGAGUCAUCCGUGAUAUCCAAAAGUGUUCUAUGAUUUGAUGCUUGGAUUGGUUUUAUCAACGAAACAUGUCUAGAAAUAAUCUGCAGCUGCAAAAUAUUUCCGUCUUGAAUUUUGAAUCGAGAAAGUUCGAAUUCACAUUUUCACAGCUCCUAGGAAAAUGUUCAGGAACUUUGUUUUCUUUGAAAAUAUGAAAUCACUUGAGAAAUAUUUUUCGUACAAGUUUUGUAGCAUUUUCAGCUGUUGAAGUGUACAUUUUUCAGCUUGAAUAAAACAAUUUUAGUUUUAGAAUCUAUAUCCUGAAAAGCCGAAGGUCGCUUUUUAUUUUUUUUUUCGAACAAAAAAACUCAUUUCCUUUUUUUGAAAAUAGGGAAAUUAUUUUCAAAAUUGCAUUGCAAGUUUGUAUAUUUAGAAUUUUUGAUCAAAUUUAUUGCCAAAGUUGCCAUUUUUCAAAAAACUGAAUAUUUCGUCUUUCAAAAAUCCAGUCUGAAAUUUUUUCCGUAUUUCAGUUAAUCCUUGCUCUAAAAAUUCCGAUGAUGCAUAAAUAAUUCAAUUUCAAGCUUAAAAUAUCCGGCCAAAAGUUCUUUCCUUCAGAUAUAUUUGAUCUUGAAAAAGUUCAAAAUUAGUCAUUCCUCCUCCCAUUUCUCCUCCUUUUUCCUUCAUCUUCAAAUCGGAAUCUGACCACGCCUUUUUCUCAUUUCCGCGCAUUAUUUAAGCAUAAGCUGAGCUGGUUUUUGGUGCAUACCUUUUCGUUUCUUUUUUUUUUUUUUUUUUUUUUUUGAAAAAAAACAGCGAAGAAAAAAGAAACUAUACAAUUCUUUUGUCGUUCAUCCAACCUGAAAUUUAAAUUUGUUUUUUCAAUUUUUGUUUAUUUUUGGUAACCAUGGUUCAUUUUUUCAGUUUAACACCUUGGGAUCCUUCGAUUCACGAAAAAACUCGAAAAAAGAUGAUGAUUAUUGGAAAAAGUGGAUUGGGAAAUGGAGGAGUUGGAGAAGAUCAGAAAACAACAUCAGCAGCCGAAUUUCGAAGAGAAAGAGAAAUUCGAGAAAAUGGAGCAGUGAUGAUUGAAUUGGUUGGAAAACAUUUUCCGAAGACUUAUAGCUGGUUUGAUCCAGAAGAAAUGACCGUUUUGACAAGGGAUGAUAAAAAGGUAGGAGAUUUUUUGAAGAGAGGGAAAUGGGGGUUUUGGAAUUCGGAACUUACGCUAAAUACGUAUGUUCGAAUAGUUAUGUAUUUAAAAAAAUUUCAAAUGAUCUUAUGAAUUUUUGUGAACUCAAAUUUUAUAGACCCUAUGAAGUUUUCGAAGAAUAAUUUCAAAAAUUUCAUAAUAGCAAAAAUAUUAGGCAGACGUUGAGAAGCCUAAAAUUGAGUUUUUAAAAUUCCUGUUGAAAAUUUAAACAUCCAAUAAUUUUUGGAAUAACGAAGUAAAAAAUAAUACGUGACCUCAAGACGAUUCAAAUUUCAUUCCAAAAAUAAAUCCCAAUUUUCAGUGCAUCUCCUCUCAUCUUUCAAGUGCUCGAAUGGAUCGUGAAAAGCAUGGAAUUGAACCACUUGAUUUAAGCGCAAUCUCACCAACUCAAUCAGUUGCAAACAGCCCUCACCAAAUGGUAAAAAUUCAAUAUUUCCUCUGAAAAUUCUGAAAUUUUGGAAUUUUUCAGGAACCUCGAGAUUUAUCAAGUUCUUCGUCUUCAUCCGAUCGACGAAAUGAAAUUGAAAGAAAUUUGGCGAAUUUUCAAGCAACUUCGAAUGAAGAAAGUGUUAUUUAA